AUGGCCGAAAGGCGCUACUGGCUGAUGAAAUCCGAACCCAACGCCUACUCUUUCACCGACCUGACGAACGAGGACGACAGCACCGCCGAAUGGGAUGGCGUCCGCAACUAUCAAGCACGCAACACCAUGCGCGAUGAUAUGAAACAAGGCGAAGGUGUCAUAUUCUACCACUCCAACGCCAAGCCUCCCGGAGCCGUCGGAACUGCCGUCAUCGUGCGCGAAGGCUACCCAGACAACACUGCUUGGGACCCCGAUUCCGAGCACCCCGACCCUAAGAGCACGCCCGAGAACCCAAUAUGGUACAUGGUGGACAUCAAGGCAGUCUCAGAAUUCAAGCGCUUCGUCCCCCUCCGCGAAAUCAAAGAGACGCCGGGCUUAGAGAACAUGCCUCUGGUCAAAAACUCCCGCCUAUCCGUCCAGCCCGUGUCCAAAGAGGAAUGGGACAUCAUACUCGAACUCGGAAUGAACGACUGA